UAGUCGCUCUUUUUAUUAUUAAAUAACACACGUUCCGCGAGCUCCUCCACAACUUUAGCUGUAUAUUGUUAAUGAAAAUGUUUCGCAAACAGCUUGGAAGCCUCUCGCGGAUAUCGACGCAACUUCAACGAAAUGCCAUAGCAAAUGGGGCAGCCAGUCGCACCGCUGAAAUGUCUACGAAUGUAGCACCGGCUUUGGAUGCAGCUGCCCUCGAUGAAUUUCGCACAGCUGUUGCCAAUCCUGGCGAGCACUCGACGCUGCAGUCUGCCAAGUUCUACACGAUACCUACGGAGCAGAAGAAGCAGAUCUUUACGGGCGGUGGCCUGCCAAAACAGUACGAGCAGCAGAUUAAGACCUUUACUGAAACGUGCCUCAUGGUGCGAUCUCCUGCCCUGGAACUGCUGCAGUACAUCAAGAACGCUGAUUUAAGUAAGCCUGCUGUGCGUUACGUGCUCUAUGGCGAGAAUGGUGUUGGCAAGACUCUGACCAUGGCCCAUGUGCUGCAUUAUGGCGCCCUAAACGACUUUGUGCUGGUUCACGUACCCUGGGCACCCAAUUGGAUGAAACGACCCAAGGAGGCGGCCAAUGCAUCUGGCCAGGAAGGCUUCAUUGAUCUGCCCUUCGAUGCGGCCGCUUGGCUGGUGCAUUUCAAGAAUCAGAACGCACAAUUGCUACAGAAAUUGCAGCUGAAGACGAGCAAGGAAUACGUGUGGAGUAAGCGAGAGAGCACGCCAGCUGGAGCUUCGCUCAUUGAGCUGGUCGAGCAUGGCAUUGCUCGCAUUAAGUAUGCCUCUGAAACGACAGCUGCGCUGAUCGCGGAGCUGAAACAACUGGCCACCAACAACCAAUGCAAGAUAAUGGUGGCCAUCGAUGGUUUCAAUGCCUUCUUCCAUCCCAUCACACGCAUCUUCUCGGACAACAAGCAGCGUGUGUCGCCGGAUCGCAUUACGCUCACACAGCCCUUCCUCGACAUAACCAAUUACGACUGGACGAACGGUGUGUGCAUUCUGUCCGUGGAUAAGAUCGCAAUGACCGAGGGCUACAUGGAUUCGUAUAUGCCACGCUAUUUGCUGGGUAAAGAAGGCUUUGAGCAUUUGGAUCCAUUUGUGCCCAUCCAUGUGGAGAACUACACCGAGAAGGAAUUCAUGAGCUACAUCAGCUACUACUUGGAUCGCCACUGGAUCUCAAAAACGCCGCCAGGUUUUGAGAAACAGCUCAAGUUUAUGAGCAAUAUGAAUCCUUACACAUUGAUGCAGCUUGUGAGAGGAUUGUAGAUGGAUUAAGAGUGACUUUGUCAUCAUCUAUGAUACUUGUUAUUAGUUUAUACACUCUGUAAUUAAAUAAAAUAAACGAAAUCGUAAAAUUAA